UUCGAAGUUUUUAUGGUGCUUCAAAGUAUUUUAUAUUUCAGGUCUAUUAAACAUUGAAUCAUUGGUGAAAAAAACAGAAGAAGGUAUAAAUGGUUAAAAAGUUGGGAGUUUUCAAUACUCUGGAACACGGUUUUGUUGUCUUUGUGACUGUUGUGGUUAGAACAAUGCCGAGUUCUGUAAAUUCAUCGAACCAGGUCUGUGAAAAUGGUGUUGAAUUACUACCUGCAAUCAAUGAUGCCCAUGGAGGAGUUAUUGUAGACAUGAAGGAUGCUAUGGACCCUCAGGACUUUCUUACGUUGCUUAGGGCAUCAAUCUCGCAAUGGAGGGAAGAGGGAAAGAAAGGUGUUUGGAUAAAAUUGCCCAUUGAACUCGUAAAUCUUGUUGAAACUGCAGUUAAGGAGGGUUUUCGGUACCAUCAUGCUGAGCCGCACUACCUCAUGCUUGUUUAUUGGAUUCCUGAAAUUAAUGAUACUCUACCUGCAAAUGCAUCACAUCGAGUAGGUGUUGGUGCUAUUGUUUUGAAUGAUAAAAAAGAGUUUUCUUCUGCACAGAUGCUUGUAGUCCAGGAAAAGAGUGGCAGGUUCCAAGGAACAGGGGUGUGGAAAAUCCCAACUGGAGUCGUUGACGAGGGUGAAGAUAUAUUUGUAGCUGUCAUAAGAGAAGUCAAAGAAGAAACAGGAAUCGACGCAGAAUUUCUGGAGAUUUUAGCAUUCAGGCAAGCACACAAGGCAUUCUUUGAGAAGUCGGAUCUAUUCUUCGUGUGCAUGCUGCGUCCUCUAACCUUUGACAUCCAAAAGCAAGAACUGGAGAUCGAGGCAGCCAAGUGGAUUCCACUUGAGGAGUUUGCAGCUCAACCAGUCACCCAGAAACAUGAGCUCUUCAAGUACAUUCUUGAACUUUGCUCGGCAAAAUUAGACAGAGAAUAUGCUGGAUUUUCUCCACUGCCUAUAACAUCAGUUUUUGACCAUAAGUUGAGUUAUUUGUAUUUAAAUAGGCAGGAUAUGCAGUGCCUAUGUUCUUCUGAUCAGUCAUAGAUCCUUCGAUAAUUUUCUAUAUAUCAGUCAUAGACGCUUCAAUAAUUUUCGAUAAUUUAUAAUAUCUCCGUGUAGGUUGUUCUAUUUUUGUUUUAUAUUUGUCACUGUCUCUAGACACAGGACUAAUAGACCUCGCUUGGUCGCUAGGAUUUGAUGGGAAUAGAUAACUAUAUUCAAGGUGAAAGUGGAAUAGGAAUUGAUACAUUCAAUCCAAUUCAGGAGACCAAAUGAAGAGUGAAGACAGAUGAUGAUGUUUAACACAAGUUAACAUGGUUUACUUACGGUGUUGGGAUCCUCCUCUCCGUAUGUCUAGAAACUUUAAACCAAAAUUAGAUUGACGUUAUUUACAAUUUUGCCAUUUUUCACGAGAUAUUUUUUAGUGUCAUUGUUAUCUGCAUAGCAUACAUUUAUUUAUUAACAUACUUUGGUGGGUAAAAUAUCAACAUUAUGGCUCAUUCAUGCUAUAACAUGGAUAUAUUAAUAACUAUGACGUUGUCAGAAUCACACGUAAAAUUGUUUCUCUACAACUAAGCACUAAUAGUUUUGAGCCCUAGUUCUUCUCUGCUAUAGAGAGAAAAAAGAACCAUAAGUUUUUAACUUUUACUUUUGGCCUUAGCGUCGACGGCAAUUCUUUCUGGUCUCUUCCCUCUUUAUUUUUCUUUGUUUAUCCCAUUAAAUAACCAUUUGCAUCCUUGGAUGUGGUCCCUCUUUUACUUUAGAGAUAAAACUCUUUCUGGUUGUGAUCGCUCUUUCGCUCUAUCAAGUAGAGCUUUGUAAUGUCUAUGACUUCCGACUCAAACUCACUAAUUUUGAGCAAAGUCGAGGAGGUGAUUUUAUGUUUCUUGUGGUUUGUAUGCAUGGAAAAUAACCAUGAGGAGAAAACUGAAUUUUGUUCAUUGUGGUGCCUUUACAGCAACUCUACUACUACUGACAAAGUUUAGUUCUGAUGAGUGUUAUUUUGCAUUUUAGUUAGAUGUGUGUCAACCGUAGCUGAUGAAUUGCAUUGUAUUUUUGAUGAGUUUAUAGUUAAGAGUUGUGGUGUUUCUUUUGACGUGUAUGACAUUUUGGUUACAUUUGACAUACUUGCUCUAUGUACAUUCUUAAUUAUUCUUAAUGAGUUUUAUAUUUAAUCUUAAAAUAUAUCUCCAUAAGCCACUCGGCUUAGCCCACUCGCAUGGAUGAGUACUUAAAGAGUUAAUCUCACCCUUAACGAAUUAUCUUAACUAUAUAAACUCUAUAACCGAAACCGUUUAGUUUUUUAAUUAAUUUUCUUUCCUUCCGAGUUGUCCGUAUGUAUAGAAAAGCAUGCAUAGUAAGUUAAAUCUUUAUAUGCUACUUGUACACUGUUAUGACAGAUGGUCUGCCAUGCGGCACCAAAUCCGGGAUUCAGAAAACCACUGUUGAAAGCUGGUGCAUGCUUCUCUAUAUUACAAUUUACAAUAAUAUGAUCUUAUCAAUUUCUUUCUUCUAUACACCAAAUAACUCCUCUCUCUCUCUCCUCCCUCUCUCUCUCUCUCUCUCUCUGCGUGUGUGUGUGUGUGUAUCCCUUAGUUUCUAUUCAUUUCUCUUUCUAGCUAGCCACAAGGAGGAAGAAUGUUUCCUGCAAAACUUGCGUUUGUCACAGCACUCUCUCUCUAUAUCUUCUUCAACCUUGUUGUGGCUGCUAAGGAGGUUACCAGAAAUGCAAAUCCUUCCCCUACUGAUAAUUGUGCCAACUGCCCUUCUUGUCAGUGUCCUCCCUCCGUACCAACUCCAGGGUACCCUUUAUAUGGCCCUCCUCCACCAGCACCGCCACCCAGCUCAAGUCCUGGCUACCCUUAUGGACGAGUACCGCCGCCACCGCCGCCUCGUGGUCAAGGAAAGUGCCCCCCAACUCAGCCUGGUCAGUGCUGCCAGCAAUACCCUCAAAAUCCUCAAUACCUUUCUCCACCAGGAGGAUAUGUGCCUUACCCUGAUGACAACCAUGCUGCUAAUUCAUCUCCUUUCUCAAUCUUCCUUUCUGUUAUGAUGGUCAUGUUGUUUUACUCUACUGUACUUUUCUUUUAAGUUUGCAUGCUUUAUAUUUUCUGAUCUUCUUAUGUGGGAGUAUAUAAAUUAUCUAAAUCUUAUGUAUGUGGUAAAUAAACCCUUUUCAAUUAA